CAGUGGUAGGUGGAAAGAGAGAAAUAUCUGAAGACUUGUAGAAAAAAAGAAAGAGUGGGAGUUGUACAGGAGGCAGAAGAAGAAAAGGAACAGAAGAUGGUCUACAUUUAAGGCUCACCUAAAGAAACCAAAGUUUUUUCUCGUGCGCUUUACAUAUCACUUCAUCUCCGCAUCCUGCACCUUGCUUUUAACUUUUUUUUAGCAUGUCAGCAAAAGUCAAGAACAGGCAUUUGUGAAAAAUCUAUUUUAACUCCAUGUAUUUUUGAUUGGAAACUAGUACUUGUGCAAAGCAGAUAGAUCUGUGAAAAAGGAUUUCCUGUCUGUGUCUGAUUUUGAUGCAUCUGCCAGAGGAACCUGCCCAGGAUUCUUUUAUGACACCAGGUGUGACGUAUCCGAGGUGUUUCACCAACCGUCCAGAUUGCAGAGGCUUGGGGUGUAAAAUGUCCUCCCCAUGGUUUUAUGGUUUGGGUAAAAAAUAGGCAGAAAUUUAAUUGCUCGUUGGGAUAUCUUCACAGAUCAAGGCAAAGGCGCUGAGGGAUUAGCAGAGUGAAGCCAGCGAUGAACAGGUGUUAAGGGAUUUGCUGAAAAUUCCACGUAAUUCCACAGGUGCUUCACAGGAUUAAGAUGAUGGACUACAGGAAUAUCCAGAUGUUGUAGGAUAAGAAUUAGAAACUGGAUCGAAUUGGGAGAAAAAAACUACUUGGGUUUGGACUUUAAUCUUUCAACAGCAAUCAAAUUCAAAUCCUAAAACAAAUCAAAUGUCAGAUUCAGCUAUGUUUUUGGUGUUUAUACUGUACUGAAAGCCAGGUUUUUUAUGUUAUUGCUCUCAAAUAUGCACAUUUGUCCUCUGAGCACAUGUUUUCUCUCAGAUGCUUUCCUCCGUUGGACUUUGCAUCCCUGCCAAUCUGGUUUUAGUCUCUGGCAGUUUUGCAGAAGGUAGUCCAACAAAGAAGACUUUAGUGGGCUUUUGAAGAGCUCCGAAAAUAGGAAAUUACUAGAACACUAACUGACUAUAGUCUAGUCCACUGGCCCCAGAUGAGGCGCUCCAGCACAGACGAGACCCCCUACCGGCGCAGCCCGUCACUGGACAGCAAGCCAGAGACUCCCCCGUUCAGCUCUGGUUUCCACCGAUACAGCGGGGAGUUUGAGUACAAGCGUCCGCCCUUCGCCUUUGGGUUCCACACUGCGGGGCCUGGGCCACAGACCACUAAAGGUCGCUAUGGCACCCCCCUUGGGAAGAAGUAUGUGGUGUUUUACCUGGACCUCUCCUUCAUCUUCCUUCUAGAGCUGCGGCGCUGCAGGAUGGCCGAGGGCUGCAUGAUGGGGCUGCGCUAUGGAAUGGUCUUCUUCAACCUCCUCUUCUGGUUGGGGGGUUGUGGAAUACUCGGAGUGGGGGUGUGGCUGUCGGUGACCCAGGGGAACUUUGCCACACUCUCAUCAUCCCUCCCCUCCCUGUCAGCAGCCAAUCUCCUGAUUGCAGUGGGGACGAUUAUUAUGGUGAUUGGGUGCCUUGGUUGCGUCGGAGCUGUCAAAGAAAGCCGUCCUAUGUUGUUGAGUUUCUUCAUCCUUCUUGUCCUCAUCUUCUUCCUGGAGAUACUAUCCAUCAUGCUCUUCUUUAUCUACCAAGAUCAGAUUGACCACUAUGCCCAGAGGGAUCUGAAGAGAGGGCUCCAUCUUUUUGGCACCGAGGGGAACGUGGGCUUGACGAAUGCCUGGAUGAUUGUACAAACGGAUUUCCGGUGUUGUGGUGUAACCAAUCAUACGGAUUGGUUUGAGGUAUAUAAUGCCACACGUGUGCCAGACUCCUGCUGCUUGGAGUACAGUGACAACUGUGGUCUGGAUAACCCAGGGACCUGGUGGACUGCACCAUGUUAUGAGCGAGUGAAGGAUUGGCUAAAUGAAAACCUGGUGGCACUUUGGAUAUUUGCUCUGUGUACUGCUCUCACUCAGAUUCUUGGCUUGGUGUUCUCAAUGACCAUGUUCUGCCAGGCUGUGAAAGUGGAAACCUUCUAUGCCUAAAACCUGGUCGUAAAAGAGAAUUGGAUUGAUCUCAAGGUGGGAUAUAGACCUACCCUUUUCCUUCCAAAGACUGCUUUUUUUCCGACCCUUGUCUACUCUGUGACACUCAAUUUGUUGCCUUGCCGACCUACCCUUAUGUUACAGUCCACAACAUUUCUGUAAAUGUUACGCAGCAACACUAAGUCAAUUUAAUUAUUGGGCUGAGGUAUACAGUAGGCUACUCUAUGUAAGAUUGUACAUUCAGUUUUGUGAUCAACAUACAGGAUUACGAACAUAUAUAGAAAUGUGAUUCUUUUUCUUAAAGAUAUAUUAAUUUUUAUUUAUUCUGAAAACGUUAUGAUGUAAGUGU